GGUUGCAGCGGUGAAGUCACAGUGAUGUCAUUUUAGGAUGUGAGAGUCGCGCAAGGUGAGCUGGUUUUGCGGUGAGUGGUGUCCCCUCCACGGCCAGCGUUGCCUGUACAGAGGCGCGGAGCGGCGAAAGAUGAUCAUCGCCACCGGCACCAAUUCAAGCUCCGACGCGCUCUGUCCCUCUCCUCCUGCUCAGAUCCCGGGCUAUGGGGCCUUGAUCUGCCUUUAUCCCAAAAUAAGCCUUUACCACCACCAUGCCAAAGGACAAAAAAUCAGAAGAGUUGUAUUUUUAGGGCAGGUAACUUUGACCACGUGCCCCAAAGGUAAACUGGAUGGCCAUUGCGCAAAGGUGCCUCUACAGUAUGUCCAGCGGGGCCAGGACGCACUGGACGCUGCCAGCAGUUAUUGUACUGUGGACUUCUCUCUGGGGGAUCGUUUCAUCCUAUCCGAUUCCGAGCAGGACUAAUGCGACUUUAAUGGAAAAGAAGUGGGAGACCCUCUUCUCCCGCUCCUACCUGGGUAUAGCCGGGGGGAAAUCGGAGCUGAACUGGGAGAGCGACUAUUUGCAGGGCAUCAAAAGAGUGCGACGACUGUACUGCAACGUGGGCAUUGGGUUUCACCUGCAGGUGCUCCCGGACGGCAGGAUAAGCGGUGUACACAAUGAGAACCAAUACAGUGAGAGUCUUCGUGGAUGAGUGCAAGUUCAAGGAGACUUUGCUGCCCAACAACUACAACGCCUAUGAGUCUUUUGUUUACAAGGGCUUCUAUAUCGCCCUCAGCAAGCAUGGCCGCGUAAAGAGAGGCAACAAGGCCACCACCGCCAUGACCGUUACACAUUUCCUCCCGCGGCUAUGAGAGAAACUGUCAAUAACUCAGUACUUUGCACAUGUGGAUGUUCUUCCAGGUAACAUAGAAACACAUAGUCAUGAUGAUAUACACACCGAUGGACUGCGAAAGAAAACACAAAUAUUUAUUCUGUUUAUAUAUAUGUAUAUUUGGAUAGCUAUCUUUGUAUAUGUACUGUGCUGCUUAUUGUUUUUAUGGACGGGGAGAGUUGAAGCCUUUGCCUGUCUCACUUUACCUUGGUGCUUGCUGUAACUGAACUACGUGUCACUUCCUUUUUUGAGAUGGAUGAUGAGCUAUAUCCUGUGCUUUUAAAGAGUGAAAUGAAUACUUUUUAUUACCUCAAAGAACCACUUUACUAGAUUAAGGGAUGCAUGGACUUCUGCUCAAAUAUCUGCUAAGUUUAUCAUUUCUUUCAAACCUUUGAGCGCUUGACGGCUCCCUGCUCGAUUAUGGAUGUCCGGCAGUGGGGGAAACUUAAAUGCACUACCUUUGCUGCACGAUUUAAAGGUGCCUUGGUGUUCCCACUUGUGGCCCCCUUAAACUUGCAUGUAAGAGACACCCGCUGGAGUCAGAAAUAGGGCUGACACUCCGGAGAGGGCCUCAGAGAGGGGGGGGUUGACUAUCUCUGGUUUAUUUUCUUUUCUGUAAUUAGAUCGAUUAAGUAAUAUACAAUCUGUGGUCGAGACCAGAGAGCGGUCAGCCAUAGAGACUGGCGCGAGGCCAUUGGUUUGACUCUGUGGCAUCGCCAGCAAAUAAACAGGGUGGAAUACUAAUCUAUCCGAGCAUGGAGAACAUUCUGGUUUGGACCUGGCUUGCGUCUGCACAAGAAUAGACUGAACGGAUAGAUAGCAAGCACACAGUAGAAAUGUACCUGCACAUUGUCUUGGACAGAGCUCCUGCAGUAAAGCGGGUUGCUGUUUCUGAAUCGCAAAGCUUUAGCUGCUGCUGAAAAUGAUGUCUACUGUCCAUGAAAAACCAAUGAAUAACGAUGUAUAUAGUUGCAAAUGUAAAAGAAGAAUUCAGGAGCUUUUUACGCUGCUUUGUCGCAGUUGCCAGAACGAGGCAAAAAGAGUUCAGGUUGCACAGUUAACCAUCAAUGAUGGUGCCUAAAUGUUUUGGUAAGAAUCGUUCCCACAUGUUGGUCUCUUAAUUUAUCUUUGUGCGCUUGGUGGAGUAUGCGCGUGUCCUGGGCCAUUUCACCCCCUAGUCUGUGUGCUCUGCAGCAGCACUGCAGUGGCAGCGAGGUGUUGGGAGCUGGAGGCAGAUAGUUUCGAAUGUAAUUAUGGAUGAGGCAGUCGUGUCCCCAUGAAGGACUGAAGGACAGUGCAGUUGGAUGCACGCUAUAAGAAAUGCCGUCACUUCUGUUGAUUUGUAUCCGUAUUUUAUACAUUUGAGACAUGGGCAUGAAGGGAGCACCUUGUUAAUAUAUAAUAGGGUAUUCAGUUUGUUUACAAAGCUGAAGCUGUACACUUAUUGAUAUUGUGUGAACCAAUAUAUAGUCAAUAUCUUGUUACAUAUUCCAAGGAUGCUUUUCUUGCUUCCCCUAGUUUCUGAGAAUCUUACAGCGUGCAUCUACUUGUGUAGCUUCAGCAGCUGUUUACUUGACAACCUGAAUCUUGCUCCGCCAUCAGCCUCCAUUCGGUCUUGCAUUUAGAGAGGAAGCAGGACUAUUUAAAUCCAGGAAAGAUGUAUGCGAGGGAGCCGGCCCGCUGUCUUUGUUGUUUGUCAGACCCCCUGCAGGAAUGUGGAUCUGCCAGGAUGACAGGCAGCCUCCCACAUACCCCUGAGCUCUGUCACCCCCAACCACCCACCUCUGCCUGUCCCUUACCCCCCUUACCCGCUGCAGGCAGGGACCUUGGGAUUCCAGCUGUAACCCAGGAGCUUCCUCCUCUCCUUUCAGCCUUUUUUAGUUCAAGGUCAGAGUCACGGACCAGCCUUGGCCCCAACCCCAGUGGCCGGGGUGGUCGGCUAUAUGGGUCAUACUGUUUCCAUGAAAUUGGAAUUUAAAGUGUCUUUUUGACACAGGAAACACUAUUUUAUGCCCGAGAGUUGCUCUCCAACUGACUGGUAGCUAUCAUAGUUCCCUGCUUCACAAUCUGCAAUAGUUAUUUUUGAAAACAAUCCCACUUCCCUAUUCCGAAUUUAGAGCCCCACCUUUUUAAAAUGCAGCUCCACAACACGCCGUCCCCUCCCCUUUCCAAGUACUUGUGUUGGGAUAUUUCUGGGGAGGGGACAUCUGCAGAGUUAAUGCAGUGUGUGAGGAGCAGAGUCACGCAGAGCCUCACCUCUCCUGCUGCACUCCAGCCCUGCAGGACGGCAACCUCAGCCAUCCUCAGGACGUGCCCUCUACUGCUGUUGCUGCUACUGCUGCUGCUCGGCACUGCCCCGAACCCCCACACAUCUUCUACCACAUACUGACACAGUAUCACCUGCUGCUCAACUGUCUAUGACACACAGAUUGAUUCAUAACAGUAUUUUACUCACAGUUAAAUAUCUCACUUUUUUUUUUUUUUUUUCCAAGGACUUAUUUUUUAUGCCGAGGUGCAACACAGCAGAGCCAAUGUAUCGGGAGCUUAGCUUAAAAAGACUUGUUGCUGUUGUAGAUGAGGCUGCAUGAAAUACCACUGAUGUACAUUUCUUGUUGGGAGUAAAUCGUAGCAUACAAAAUCCACAGUUUCAGCAUUUUCGGCUGAGGAAGGCAUGGAAGUGAACUUUGCGCAUGCACAGCAAUGAGCACUUCUCAUGCUCGCCUCAGCAGUCAAGAUGUGUGAAGUCUCUAGCAGCACCUUAUUAACAACAUCUUGAUUAUAAGCUAGUCUAAAGAAGGGAGUUUUUUCACAUUUUUUCUGUCAAGAAAUAGAGCUGGAUCCCUAAAAGAGUAAAGGUCUGUGUCUAAAACAAAAAGCUCACCUUUCAGCUUUGACCAAAAAAUUUUAUCCAGAGUUAUCUGUCGUCUCUUUUCUUUCCACAGCAUAUCAUAGAUCAAAUUUAAAUUAAUUUUAAGGUGAGGAAUAUCUUUUUUUAACAUAAUGUUUAAUGUACUACUAGCAUGCCUGAGCCCCAAGCUUAAUUAGGGGUGUGUGCUUCAUGUGUUUUUUGUUUUUAACUCCUGCUCUAAAAGGGAGUGAGCCUCCACUCUAUUCCUCUCAUCUCUGUUCUCAUAUACCUCACCCUCUGCCUUAGUUUUGGUUUGCUGAUGACUGUAAAUUAAGACGAAACAAACUUCAGUUAUUUGUUUCGGAAAAACAGACAAUGCUAAGUAAGGAUAUUAAAGUUUUUUCCUUUUAUUUUUGUACGUAUGUGCUGUGCACAGCAGUCUACUGUAUUCCUGAGAUAACAAUAAAAGUUUUUUUUUUAACUGGU